AUGGACAUUAGAGACAUAGUAGUGACUUUGAGAUUGAGAUGUGACAAUGCCCAUGAGUUUGAUGGGAAGACCCAAGGACUUGUGCAAAAAGUUCAGGAUUUUCAUUCAGAAAUUCAUGAUUUUAUUAAAAAUCACAAAGUUACUAAGCCUCUUCCAAGAGCACAGAGAAAUAAUGUCAUUCCACAAUUAGAUCAAGAAAAUACAAAUAUAGUUGACUAUUCAGAUGAGGAGAGAGAUAAUCUUGCAGUAAAUUUAGUCCAGACAUUUAAAGAACUCAGAAAUUUGGAUCAAGAGGAUGUGUCUUCUUUGCUUCAUGACACAGUAAAUUUUGUGACCUCAUUAAAAGAAAAUAAUAUUUGUACAAGCAUGGCUUUGACAGACAAAUCCUCAAUUGAUGAAGUUUAUCAAUGGCUAAUUCAAGCAGGUGUAAGCAGAGAAACAAGUCAGAUAUUGAAAGAUAAUGAAGUUGAUGGAUUUAGUCUCUUGCAUAUGGAGGAAAAAGAUGUCUUUGCAAUGCUGCCAACCAAAGUUGGGCCAGCGAGAAAAAUAACAGUUCUUGUCAAAGAAAUACAAAGUACAUGUAAAACUAAGGAAGACCAAAAAUUGUCCACUGAUGAAGAAACACCAAGGCAAAUCGUUAAUCAUGAAAUACCCUUAGAUGAACCAGGAACCUCCAAAACUUCGCAUUCAAAUCUUAAGGCAAAGAGUGAUUGUCAGGAACCACAACCAGUGGAGAUGUAUGUCCCAGCUUAUUCACCAGUGAUAGUCUCUCUGCUUGAUUCUGGAGAAAUCAUGAAAGAAUGGGACAAAUUCAUUGAGGAAACAGCCUAUCAUGUACUUUCUGUCGGCAAUUUUGAGUCUAGAGGACUAUAUGCAGACUUCGGACGGCUGAUGACUACUAAAUACCCAUGCAUCGGACAUAAGUCACUAAAAGAACCCUGGACCUUUUUCAAUCAGAAAUUAUCACAAAAGGUUAGAAAUAUUAGGUGGAGGUGGAAUGCAAGGAGCAAGGCCCCUCCUGUGACUGAUGCUAAAAAGAUGAAGAGAGUUCCAGCUACAGUGUUGGAUGAGGAUAUGAAUGUGGAUGAGGCUGAAAAGAAACUGUUGCAAGAAUUUAAGAAACCAGUGAAAUUGAUUGAUCGGGCAUUGGUGGCAAAAGCUCAACGAGCAACAUUUCAUGCAAGGAGAACCUUUAUAGAAAGGAAACACAACGGGAAUUGUGGGGACCUGAUCAAAAAGUAUCCUUUCUUGGGUAUUGUGGAGUUUAUUGAAAAAGAGUUCAAAAUGAUGAAACCAGACCUUCAGAACUAUGCAGAUCGUUGGCUUGAUGUUUUGCAGAAACUGGAUGAUUUAUUGGGGCGAUCUAGUGAUGAGGCAGACGACAGGGAAAACGAUAGAGAGGUUGACAUAUUAGACCUUCUUCAAAACCUUGAAGAAAAGAUUAAGUGCCAACAAAAGAAGGGGACCAAACAGCCUUUAAUUACUGUGUGUAAGAAAAACGACAUGUCACUGAAAACAAAGAGAGAUGAUCCACCAAGGUUGAUGGUUAUUCAAGAUGAGAGGAACAACAUCAUGAACUGUUUCAUAAUUGGAGGGGGAUUAGAGAUUUUAUGCUCUCCUGAUCUUAAGAAAGCUCUAACAGAGCUAUUGUUCUGCUAUUAUGCUUGGGACUUAUCGUACCCCAAAUAUUUUCAAAUUCUUGGUUUUGUACAAUUUUAUAUUUUAGGAGACAAAGAGAACAAAUUUGCGAAAAGUUUCAAUUAUCUCAAAUUUACAAAGGAAUUUGAUGACUGAAACACCCUUUCAGUGACUUUGUAACAUACCAUAUGGAUCUUCGUACAUGUUUGUCAAUUUGGCAAUAUUGGACAUUAUUCUUUCUAAAAGUACAUAUACCUACCAGUAGCUCUUUUUUACAGAUGAGUUUUAUUAUUGAAAUAUACCUGUUUCAAAGAA